CUGCUGACGAACGCGGCAAGCGCGAGUCACAGCGCAGGCGCAGCGUUACCAUGGGUGACCUGCUGGCACUGCUGGUCACCUUCUGCUUAAUCAGGCCUAGGACUUGCGGUAGGGAAAUGACGCCACGUCACCACGCCUAAAGAGUUGGCAAGAAGUCCCCGAGUGGCUGCGAAAUGAGGCCAAGCUCGGGGGCAGAUCACUUCUUGAACCUGACCCUACAGACUCUUGGCACCCUGCUCACACAUAUGAGUCAGCAAGAAGUCCCUGAGUGGCUGCAAAAUAAGGCCAAGCUCGGGGGCAGAUUACUUCUUAGACCUGGUGCCGCAGCAGCAUCUGUGGAUACCUUGGUGGAUGACUUUCCAUCUUCGGGAGAGUACAUUUUGGGCCGCAACCCGCCCCCUGGUUACUUCAACUACAGCAGCACGCAGUCCCCCAAUGAGAGUGACACGGCAGCUUCACAACUGGCGAGUGGUGGAUUAGUUACAGUUACAAGUUACAGAACUUGUUACAGAGCUGCGUGUGCUAGAGUUCGUUAGAAGCUUAACACUAUUACUGCCAAUCCCAGCAUACCUGUUCUGCCUCUUUGAAUCAUACACUGUAACUUGCGAAAUAACUUGGAAAACAUAUGGGCCUGCCCCACUGUCUAUGGAGAAAA